GUGUUUCUCCAGAAGUUUCCCCCUUGGGCGUCGGCGGAGGUGGUAACCUCGGUAGGAGCAGCUCCAGCAGCGGUAACAGUAACUAUUAGAGAUGGCGGCGGCUGCUGCGGCACCUGCAGCAGCCCAGAGGUUUUUCCGGAGCUUCUCUGAUGCUCUGAUCGACGAGGACCCCCAGGCGGCGUUGGAGGAGCUGACUGAGGCUCUGGAGCAGAAACCAGAUGAUGCACAGUAUUACUGUCAAAGAGCUUAUUGUCACAUUCUUCUUGGGAAUUACCGUGAUGCUGUUGCUGAUGCAAAGAAAUCUCUUGAACUUAAUCCAAAUAGUUCCAUUGCUCUGCUGAGAAAGGGGAUAUGUGAAUACCAUGAAAAAAACUAUGCUGCUGCUCUAGAAGCUUUUACAGAAGGACAGAAAUUAGAUAGUACAGAUGCUGAUUUCAUUGUCUGGAUUAAAAGGUGUCAAGAAGCUCAGAAUGGAUCACAGCCUGAGGUGUCUGCAUCCCAGAGGACUUAUCAGUCAAAAAUCAAGUAUGACUGGUAUCAAACAGAAUCUCAAGUAAUCAUUACACUUAUGAUCAAGAAUGUUCAGAAGAAUGAUGUAAAUGUGGAAUUUUCAGAAAAAGAGUUGUCCGCAUUGGUGAAACUUCCUUCUGGAGAGGAUUAUAAUUUGAAGCUGAGACUUCUUCAUCCUAUAAUACCAGAACAGAGCACAUUUAAAGUACUUUCAACAAAGAUUGAAAUUAAAAUGAAAAAGCCAGAGGCUGUGAGAUGGGAAAAGCUAGAGGGGCAAGGAGAUGUGCCUAACCCCAGACGGUUCAUAACAGAUAUAAAGAACCUGUAUCCAUCAUCAUCUCAUUAUACAAGAAAUUGGGAUAAAUUAGUUGGUGAGAUCAAAGAAGAAGAAAAGAAUGAGAAGUUGGAGGGAGAUGCAGCUUUAAACAAAUUAUUUCAGCAGAUCUAUUCAGAUGGUUCUGAUGAAGUGAAACGUGCCAUGAACAAAUCAUUUAUGGAGUCCGGUGGUACAGUUUUGAGUACCAAUUGGUCUGAUGUAGGUAAAAGGAAAGUUGAAAUCAAUCCUCCUGAUGAUAUGGAAUGGAAAAAGUACUAAAUAAAUUAAUUUGCUAUCACCGUAUUGCAUAUGUUCAGCUAA